GAAGUGGCGGGGCGGGAAUUCCGCCGGGAAGAUGGCGGCGGCAGCGGUGGGGAGGGCGCUGCGGGCGCUGCGGGUCAGGACAAUGGCGGCCGGGACGCGGGGCCGCUCGGCGGGACCGCCGGGGGCCGUGGCGCUACCGCAGGUGCCGCUGGGGGCGGAUCCUCACGAGGAGGAGCCAAUGGCGGUGGCCCAGAAGAAGAACCCCGAUUACCAUGGCUUUUCGGCGGACCCGGACGCUGAUGUCCUCAACAUGCGGGCGGUUUUCUUCGCCGGCGUCUCUGUCGCCAUUGUCCUCGGCACCGUCUUCCUCCAUUACCUGCCUGACUACGGGCUGCAGCAAUGGGCCCGGCGCGAGGCCGAGCUCCAGAUCCGGGAGCGGGAGAGUCGGGGGAUGCCGCUGCUGGACUCCAACUACUACAACCCUGCCCGCCUCACCCUGCCCCCCCCAGAGUGAAACAACCCCCCCCGACACCUGGGUG